CCACUGUGAAAAAAAAUUUCCGAGCUGUCUUUUUUGUGUCGUGUCAACCAAGUAGAUUUGCUCUAGAUUUUUUUUGAUUUUCACAAGACUGCGUGUCUCAUUGGCGUGUCUCCAUAUCCGUCAAACUGAGUAGAAGAUAUACAAGAUUGUUGCCUGAAAAUCUCUAGUCAACGUAUAGAUGUAGCAUUUCACCAUUGUAAAAUGCCGGGCUUAACAAAAUUUCAAAAAUAUGCAAUCUCCGGAAUUGGUGCUGUCGGCGGAGCUGUACUUCUUUAUUAUAAUGUCUACGGUGGUGGCGAAUCCCUCCAUGUGCUUAAUUCCUGGACUACCAACUAUACUCCAUCAGUACAAUGGGAGCACAAUUGGGAUAGACGAGAUCCCAAGAGUUUGGUAAAGCCUGUAAAAGUAAGUAACGAGAAAGAUGAAAAUAGAUUCAACGAAGAACUAGCCUCCAAGAAAGUUAGCGCUGUUCGACACUUGUUUCUCAUACGUCAUGGACAAUAUGAGACUAACGGAAAGUCUGACUCUGAAAGAAUUCUUACUGACUUAGGAAGAAAGCAAGCAGAAUCAACUGGAGCACGUUUAAGUGAAUUGGGCCAUCCAUAUUCAUUGAUUGUAAGAUCGACCAUGAGUCGAGCACAGGAAACUUCGAAAAUUAUAGAAAAAAACUUUCCAAAUGUCCCCACCACGGAUGAUAGCCUUUUAGAAGAGGGAGCACCUAUUCCACCUGAACCACCUGUAGGGCAUUGGAAACCCGAGAAAUAUCAGUUUUUCCAAGAUGGGCCAAGAAUAGAAGCAGCAUUUAGGAGAUACUUCCACCGAGCAGAUCCUAGUCAGACUGAAAAUUCAUACACUCUUCUUGUGUGCCAUGCGAAUGUAAUAAGAUACUUCGUCUGCAGAGCAAUGCAAUUCCCACCAGAAGCUUGGUUACGGAUAUCACUUAGUCACGCUAGUAUUACUUGGAUCAGUAUAUUCCCCAGCGGCAGAGUUACGCUACGUUGUCUUGGCGAUACUGGGCACAUGUUGCCGCAAAACAUUACUGCUCACUAAAUUAGUUCCAUUGCCUUUACACCCGAUGACGUAAAUUUUUUCAGUGCUUGCUUCUGCACAGUUUUUAAUUUCAAAUUACAGGUUAUUCUAAUGAAUGUGGCGGCAGUUGGUAUUAUCAUAAUAUUAUGUUUUACAUGUAUUAGUCUCAUAUGUAUUAUAGCAUAAAUUUCACACAUACAUGCAGGUAGAACAAAUAUAUUCUAUCGUUUUUGAAAAUGAUGUUGGUCAAUUCUAGCGCAAUGAUGAAUGUUUUGUCUGCUGUUUAUUUGUAUUAGAAAAAUCUGCUAUUGUAUUAUUCCUCAACAUAACACAAUUGGUUGUACACCGUAUAUCAGAAUCCCAAUAACUAAGUUAAUAACCUGACGAUGAAGUAUUGUAUUCAAUAUAGUUGAAAAGAAAUUAUUGCACUGUAAAUUAAUUACAAAUUCUUGAUUUUUAUCGCACUAAUUAUACACACAUACAUAACACAAUAAUCGCAUUAUGAGGGUAUCAUGUAAAUACUUAUCUUUGUUGUGAUUUUCAAUAGACAGCAAUGUUUGAAACUUUCAUGUUUAAUGUUAAUCAUGUUUGUAAAUUUUGAUUAAAAAAUAGAUUGUGUCGACUAAACAGUCGUCUAUACUGAAUA